AGCACCUGCUGCCCUCGCCCAGCCCGGGCCCCGGCUCCGCUGCCAUGCGGCUGGCGCUGCUCUGGGCCCUGGGGCUCCUGGGCGCGGGCAGCCCUCUGCCCUCCCGGCCGCUCCCAAACAUAAAUGGCACCGAGGAGGCACAGACAAGACCAGAGGGGGCUCCCAGGGGGAUCUUGGAUCCCCAGACUCUUCAGGACAACUUUGCUCUCAGCUUAGUGGAGGUGCUUCAGAACAGUCUGCCUGAGGCCUUUCGGAUCAAAUUGGAAUUGGAUGGUGAGAGUCAUAUCCUGGAGCUGCUACUGAAUAGGGACCUCGUCCCAGGCCGCCCAUCCCUGGUGUGGUACCAGCCUGAUGGCACCCGAGUGGUCAGUGAAGGGCACACGCUGGAGAACUGCUGCUACCGGGGCAGGGUGCAGGGCCAUGCAGAUUCCUGGGCCUCCAUCUGUACCUGCUCUGGGCUCAGGGGUUUGGUGAUGCUGUCCCCAGAAAGAGGCUAUGCUCUAGAGCUAGGGUCUGGGGACCUUCAAAGUCGUCCCACCAUCUCCCGGGUCCAAGACCUCCUCCUGCCAGGCCACUCGUGUGCCCUGAACAGGCGUGCGCGUGCACCUGCUCAAGCCCAGCCCUGGCGCCCCGCGGGACCUCGCCGAGUUCACCGGUGGAGGCGGGAUGUGGUGACAGAGACCAAGAUCGUCGAGCUGGUGAUUGUGGCUGAUCAUUCUGAGGUCCAGAGGUACCCAGAUUUCCAGCACCUGCUGAACCGAACGCUGGAAGUGGCUCUCCUCCUGGACACGUUCUUCCAGCCCCUGAAUGUGCGGGUGGCACUAGUGGGCCUGGAGGCUUGGACCCAGCGUGACCUGGUGGAGAUAAGCCUGGACCCAGGGGUCACACUAGACAACUUUCUCCGCUGGCGAAGAACAGACUUGCUGUCUCGACUGCCCCACGACAGUGCCCAGCUGGUGACUGCUACUGCUUUCUCCGGGCCUGCAGUGGGCAUGGCCAUUCAGAACUCCAUCUGUUCUCCCGACUUCUCAGGAGGGGUAAACAUGGACCACUCCACCAGCAUCCUGGGAGUCGCCUCCUCCAUAGCCCAUGAGCUGGGCCACAGCCUGGGCCUGGACCACGACUCACCUGGGAACAGUUGCCCCUGUCCAGGUCCAGCCCCAGCCAAGAGCUGCAUCAUGGAAGCCUCCACAGACUUCUUGCCAGGCCUGAAUUUCAGCAACUGCAGUCGACAGGCCCUGGAGAAAGCCCUCCUGGCUGGGAUGGGCAGCUGCCUCUUUGAACGGCUGUCCAGUCUGUCCUCUAUUGCCAGCGUCUGUGGAAAUAUGUUUGUGGAGCCGGGCGAACAAUGUGACUGUGGCUUCCCAGAUGACUGCACUGACCCCUGCUGUGACUACUCUACCUGCCAGCUAAGGCUUGGGGCCCAGUGUGCAUCCGACGGACCCUGUUGUCAAAAUUGCCAGCUGCGCCCAGCUGGCUGGCAGUGCCGCCCCACCAGAGGUGACUGUGACUUGCCCGAGUUCUGCCCAGGGAACAGCUCCCAGUGUCCUCCAGAUGUCAGCCUGGGGGACGGCGAGCCGUGUGGUGACGGAAAGGCUGUGUGCAUGCAAGGGCGUUGCACCUCCUAUGCCCAGCAGUGCCAGGCUCUCUGGGGUCCUGGGGCCCAGCCCGCCACACCACUUUGCCUCCAUGCUGCCAAUACGCGGGGGGAUCCCUUUGGGAGCUGUGGGCGCAGCCCUAAUGGCAGCUACAUGUCCUGUGCCCCUGGAGAUGUCAUUUGUGGGCAGCUCCAGUGCCAAGGGGGCAGGGCCCAGCCUCUGCUGGGCUCAGCCCGGACCCUGCUCUGGGAGACACUGGAAGCCAACGGGACCCGGCUAAACUGCAGCCUGGUACACCUGGACCUGGGCAAUGACGUGGCCCAGCCGCUCCUGGCGCUGCCCGGCACAGCCUGUGGCCCUGGCAUGGUGUGCAUAAACCACCAGUGCCAACCUGAGGACCUCCUGGGAGCACAAGAAUGUCGGAGCAGGUGCCAUGGGCAUGGGGUCUGUGACAGCAACGGGCACUGCCGCUGUGAGGCAGGCUGGGCACCCCCGAACUGCGCCACGCAGAGCAGAGCGACAGGCUCCCUGAUCACAGGGCUGCUCCUCAGCCUCCUGUUGUUGCUGGUCCUGGUGCUGCUUGGUGCCAGCUACUGGCACCGUGCCCGCCUGCGCCAGCGGCUCUGCCAGCUCAAGGGACCCAGCUGCCAGUACAGAGCAGCCCAGCCUGGUCCCCCUGAACGCCCAGGACCCCCGCAGAGGGCCUUGCUGAUGCCAGGUGCCAAGGACCCGAAGACACCAGGUGGCCAUGUGCAGAAAGGCUGCAGGCUAGUGUUCUUGGCUUUCCGGCUCCCCCCUCCAGGCCGCUGCCUCCUGACCCUGUGCCCAAGAGACUCCAGCGGUGCAUUCAUUAGGGGACCUGGGUGCUUCACAGCCUUCAGACACUCUGAGCCCCAGAAGCAGCAAAGGGCUGAGUUGGCUGAUCGACCCAAUCCCCCCACCCGCCCUCUGCCCGCUGACCCGGUGGUGAGGCGCCCAAAGUCUCAGGGGCCUGCCAAGCCCCCACUCCCCAGGAAGCCACUGCCUGCUGACCCCCAGGGCCGGCGCCCUUCGGGUGACCUACCUAUUUCAGGAGCUGGAAUCCCACCCCCAGUGGUACCUUCUAGACCUGCACCUCCGCCCCCAACUGCAUCUUCGCUCUACCUCUGACCACUCCUGAGGCUCUGCUGCCUAGGUCUUCAAGAGGCCGACCAACCCCCUAAAACCCCCCUCAAAGACUGAAGGAGUUGGAGCAUGGACUGGGUGCAGGCGUCUGAAGACACCAGCACCUGCGGGAGCUGUGGAGCGGCACCCUGGAUACCUGCCCACGCUGUUGCUGCCGGGGAUUGGGGAGGCCUGGGUUUUAGAAGGGACUGGGGAGUUGUGCACAGCUGUCUCUGUUCGGUUGCAAUAAACCUGAGAUCUGG